AGGAGGCAGUUUAUCCCAUUUGAGUAAAAUGGGAUCGAAACAGAUUGCACAGGAAACAUUUGAUGAUGCAGUGCAAGAAAACAUUACAGAAUUUGAAAUGGAUCCAGAAGAGGCUGUGAGAGAAGCUGUGCAGCAGUUUGAGUCCCAAGGUGUUGACCUAAGCAAUAUUGUGAAAGCUGUGCGGCAGCCUGCCUCUGAAAAUGGUCAAAAGCAAAAGCAUGAAAUUUUGCUGACUUUAGAUUCCCUUGGGAGAGCUGUGGCUGACUCCGAUCUUGCUGAGAUGGCCGAGCAGCUAGUGGUCUUCACUGAUCAGUGCAAAGAACAGCUGGCUUUCCGCUACCUGGCUGGGCAGAAUGGUGCCUAUUCUGUGGUGUUCUCUGCCUGCCAGUUGGCAGCAGGAGACAGAAAUUUAAUGCUGAAAGCCUUUUAUACUCUCUCUGCCAUCUUGGAUGGGCAGCCAGACCUGCUUGACUCUGCUGGCCAGGAUCUACUGCUACAAACUCUGAAAGAAUAUAGGGAAGAUGCAGAAAUUAUGCUGGCUGGGAUCCGAUGCAUUCGGCAUGCCUGUCUGAAACACGAGCAGAAUCGUCAGGACUUUGUGAAAGGUGGGGUUCUCCCACUUCUGACGGGAGCUAUAGUCCAGCAUGGAGACAGUGCUGAUGUUGUCCGAACGGCCUCCUCAGCACUCAGGAUCAUGACGUUUGAUGAUGACAUCCGUGUGCCCUUUGGUCAUGCUCAUGAUCAUGCCAAAAUGAUUGUGUUGGAAAAUGAUGGGUUAAGAGUCCUCAUUGAAGCUGCAAAAGCAUUCACAGAUAACUCCAGUGUUCUCAGUGAACUGUGUGCCACCCUUUCUCGCCUCUCUGUCAGGAAUGAAUUCUGUCAAGAAAUUGUGGACCUUGGAGGCUUAAAUUUUAUGGUGACUCUCCUGGCUGACUGCAUUGACCAUCCGGUGAGCGAUAUAAAGUCUGUUCUUUCUUGAUGAACGCAGGACGUGGUGAAGCAGGUGCUGAGCGCCAUCCGAGCGGUUGCGGGUAAUGACGACGUGAAAGAUGCCAUCGUGAAUGCUGGAGGAACAGACCUCAUUGUGCUUGCUAUAAGCCAUCACCUUGGCAACCCUCAGAUCUGUGAGCAAGGUUGUGCAGCCUUGUGCAUGUUGGCUUUGCGUAAACCUGAGAACUGUAAUGUCAUCAUGGAAGGUGGAGGGGCGUUGGCAGCUCUUCAGGCUAUGAAAGCACACCCACGAGAAGUGGCUGUACAGAAACAGGCUUGCAUGCUGAUCCGCAACCUGGUCUCCCGGAGCCGGGACUUUUCUCAGCCCAUCUUAGAGAUGGGAGCUGAGAACUUGAUAACAGAAGCUCGUGCAACGCACAAGGACUGCGAUGAUGUGGCCAAAGCUGCACUGAGGGAUCUUGGCUGCAAAGUGGAGCUCCGAGAGCUGUGGACAGGUCAGAAGGGAAGCCUAGCUCAGUGAAUCAUCACUCUGCUGAGCAGUGGAGCUUCAAGAUAUCUAUGAAGUUAAAGUGGGGAAACAAAGGGGCAUGGAUUAAUUUGCAGUUACAUUGGACUGGAAUAUCUGAAGCAAAUGCCUGGCUUGUGAGGCUGCGGUGAACUUUUUAUUGGGAGCUACAGCUGAAAUGGCUUUAUGCAUUCACAGGCUGCAAAUCAACUCUGUGUAGUAAUCAUUCCCUGAAUCAUCUAAUGCCUGAAGAUGAUCUGCUCCCCUGUGUUGUUAUGUUACUUGUGUACAGAACAGGGCAAUUCCCACAUGCUCUGCUCUAUGCAGUAAGAGCAAAAGUGGAUCUUUUCUGGUAGGAUUUUGGUAUGUACCGUGGCAGCUGGUUCUGAUUUGUUCUGC